AUGGACUUCGCGUCUGAUAUCCAUGAGGCCCUUGUGCAGAGGGCGACAGAGGUUCCUGUCUGCGGUCUCAAAUGCAUUACGACCCUGACUUUGGAGUCCGUGUGCUCGCUUACGAAUACCACUUGCAUCUGCACCAACGAAGACUUGACAGCAGCUAUAACAUCAUGUGUGCUGAGCAACUGUACUGUCGUCGAGCAGCUUGCUACUACCAAGUACUCCAAGGACUCAUGCGGCGUCGAGCCAGUAGACCGCACAGCGCAGGUGGUGAUCGUGCCCAUGGUCUUUGGCGCCCUUGCUCUACUGGCUUUUGGCGUACGUGUAAUGUCAAGAUGUCACCUUGGACACGGCACCUGGGGCAUGGGUGACUGGGCAAUCACUGCUGCCACUAUCUUCAUGAUUCCUCUCCUCAUCCUCAGUAUACCUUUGGCGCAGUACGGCCUGGGAAAGGAUAUCUGGAAUAUCCCGUCAAGCAACAUCACCGAAGUUCUCUACUUGUACUACUGGGAUGAAAUCGUUUAUUUUCCCUCCACCGCACUGACGAAGAUAUCGAUCCUUCUCUUUUACCUCGAGGUGUUCAAGCGAUCCAUUGCCGGAGUCCAACCAGCCAUAUAUGCUUUGAUUGUUCUCAACGUUCUAUACGCCCUCAUCUUUGACUUUGUGUCAAUAUUCCAGUGCACACCAGUCCAAGGCGCGUGGCUUUUCUGGGACGAUCAACACCAAGUAACCUGUCGGAAUAUCAACGCCCAAGGUUGGGCAUCUGCGGGGAUCAACAUUGUGCUGGACCUGGCAAUGGUCAUCCUACCACUGCCUGAGCUCUGGCAGUUAUCUCUCUCCAAUACCAAGAAGAUCCAGGUCAUGCUCAUGUUCAGUCUUGGCUUUCUUGUCACGAUUGUCAGCAUUCUCCGCCUUCACUCUCUAGUGGCUUUUGGAAACACCACAAAUCUUACCCAGGAUUAUGUCAUUGUCGGUAUCUGGACAACCGUUGAGGUCCCGGUAGGCGUGAUUUGCGCAUGUCUUCCAGCCGUUCGGGCCGUUCUCAAGGUCUAUUGGCCAACAGUCUUUGGUUCGACACGUCCAAGCCGUUCAGAGUAUUACAACCAAUCUGGCAGUCCAUCGGCGAGUCGCGCCAUGAAGUCACAUCUUGAGGCGUCGGGCAACCAUGACGUGUGGAAGACAACCGCCACGAGCGUUACUACCGAGCCGUUCAAAGCGACCAAGGAUGAGAGUCCCUGGGACAAGGCUCCUGCACUUGAGCUGCAACAUAUGCAAGACCGCUCCCGAUCGAACUCUACGGUAUUCGACAAGGAGCCUACAAAGCCAAAGGAGAUGGCGUGA